AUGUACGUGGUUGAGGAUCUAGGCUGUAUCUUUCUAGGUUCUAGUGUUAUUUGUGGUCGCAGGAAAUAUGAACGUAUUAGGGUUUGCAGAGCUUUCAUAAAACAUAGAAUUCUGAUGGUGUCAGAUUUUUUCUAUCCGAACUUUGGGGGUGUGGAGAAUCAUAUUUAUUACCUCUCACAAUGUUUGCUAAAGUUAGGCCACAAGGUGGUUGUUGCAACUCAUGCUUAUGGAAAUCGAUCUGGGGUCAGAUAUAUGACCGGUGGUCUGAAAGUCUACUAUGUUCCAUGGAGGCCGUUUGUUAUGCAGAAUACAUUACCAACCUUCUAUGGAUUACUACCAAUUAUUAGAACUAUUCUUAUUCGAGAAAGAAUUAAAGUGGUGCAUGGUCACCAAGCUUUUUCAACAUUUUGUCAUGAAGCACUUAUGCAUGCAAGAACCAUGGGAUACAAGGUUGUGUUUACAGAUCAUUCACUGUAUGGUUUUGCAGAUGUUGGAAGUAUCCACAUGAACAAGGUCUUACAGUUUACCUUGGCAGAUGUGAGUCAAGCCAUAUGUGUUUCCCAUACAAGCAAGGAAAACACAGUGUUGCGGUCAGGUUUGCCACCUGAGAAGGUUUUUGUCGUACCUAAUGCUGUGGACACUGCCAUUUUCAAGCCUGCAGUGACUCGUCCUAUCGGACCCGAUAUUGUUAUUGUUGUUAUAAGCAGAUUGGUUUAUCGUAAGGGAGUUGAUUUGCUUGUUGAAGUCAUUCCAGAAGUAUGCCGAUUACAUCCCAAUGUUCGUUUCAUUAUUGGUGGUGAUGGACCUAAGCGUGUGCGGUUGGAAGAGAUGAGAGAAAAGCAUUCACUUCAAGAUCGAGUAGAAAUGUUGGGAGCUGUGCAACAUGUACAAGUCCGAUCUGUACUAAUAUCUGGGCACAUCUUCUUAAACAGUUCUUUAACAGAAGCUUUUUGUAUAGCCAUAUUAGAAGCUGCAAGUUGUGGAUUAUUAACAGUGAGCACACGCGUGGGAGGGGUUCCUGAGGUUUUGCCCGAUGAAAUGAUUGUUUUGGCAGAGCCGGAUCCGGGUGAUAUGGUGCAUGCAAUUCAAAAAGCAAUAUCUAUGUUGCCAAAAAUUGAUUCGCAAGUCAUGCAUAAUCGAAUGAGAGAACUCUACAACUGGCAUGAUGUUGCCAAAAGGACUGAAAUUGUAUAUGAUCGUGCUUUGAAGUGCUCUAAUCAAAAUCUUCUUGAAAGACUCUCACGAUAUCUCUUCUGUGGAGCUUGGGCAGGCAAGCUGUUUUGCUUGGUCAUGAUUGUUGGUUUCUUGUUGUGGCAGCUAUUGGAAUUAUGGCAGCCUGUAGAUGAUAUUGAAGAGGUGCCAGAUUUUACUCUUCCACGCAACUGUGAUGAAGAAGAUAUGUUGGAAGAAAACCCAGUGAAAAGAGUAGCGUGA